AUGUCGACCCCACAACCAGACUGCCAAACGCCGGAAAACCGAAGCAGUAGCAACCAGGACAGCACCAAAGGCGCACUUCUCAUCACUCCCGUAGUACUUGCACAACUAGAAGACCUGGAGUGCCCAAUAUGUCAUGAGCUCUACACGGAACCGCGAUCCACUGACCAUGGUUCCGAGCCACAUCAGGAAUGGGCUGUCAAAGUCGACAUGAUCGCAGAGUGGUUUGGUACAAAGCGAUGUUGUGGACACGUUAUUGGACGCAAAUGUCUCGCGAAACACCUCAAAGGGCCAGGGCCGUGGAGGAACAAGUGUCCGUUGUGUCGAGAUGUGUGGUUUCAUGAUGUCGCUCCGAGAAAUGCGCAACCACAGGUUGAGGCUCCUGAGCCGCCGAGCACAACGCGCGCGCUGCGACGAAGCCAAAGGAUCGCAGAGCGAAGAUCCAUGAGUCAAAGAUCUUCGGGGAGUAUACAUGGCGUAGCUCGGACACAAUCUCGUCAGCGCCCUCAAAGACGUCCUAUCCGCUUCACUCAACGGUUAAUGGCUGCGCUGGAGGUCGAAGAUGGAACGGAGGAGGUGAAGGGAACCAUGGAAGAAGUCGAAAGGAGGCUCAACAGAUUGUAUGAAGAUGCAACUGGGUGA